AUGACGAGAAUCACCGGACCCGGCUGCGACCUCAUCCUGAACGACUUCCAGUCAAUGCUCAUCGAAACAACCGAGGUACGAGCACAUGGAUUCGUCGAAAGCAGCAUGCAAGUUCACAUCCUGCAAACAGUGAGCAACUUACGCAAACAAGCGUAUGCCUCUGGCACACCUGUGGGAUCGACAGUGAGCCUCGAUGACGACCUGUGGAGACAUCAUCGGCUACCGCACUCACUGACGCCGACGUUCGAAACCUGCAAUAUCAGCCGCAGUUACAAACUUCAGAUACGGCUUGGUUUCAGGUUUGGGUUUGCAAAUGUCCUGACUAGAGUUUUGGAUGUUGAGUUUCCGGUAUACGUUGUGGCAGCUUGUCGAGCGAAGAACCCGCCUCGAGCUUCUUAG